AUGAGAAAAGUACGGCAGAAGCGCGAGACGGCAGCUAUAAGGACUGAGAAGACAAGCUAUAUUCAGCGCAAUCGUCAAGUACGAGGCGCAAAGUCGCAGACGUUACACUCCCCGCAGCCCAGCGAUCUUGGCCAGCGAAGUUGUGUCACUGAUAAUGAUACUCUGGCAAAGACCGUACUAGAGCAGCUGAUGUUAUCGUAUGAUCUGAAAACGGUACCGAUAGCAGACGGUGUUGAUGUGAAAGUUGAUCUGAUGAUUCAGGCUAUAUCCAGUAUUUCGGAGAUUGCUGCGAGUUUCACCGCCGAUGUGCUUGACAAAUUUAACGCUCAGUCACCGUACAAUCGACGAUAUCUGGCUUCCUAA